AUGUUCCCCGUGGAGGUCAAAGUGGAAGCCGAGUGCAGCGCCAACUCCGCCUGCCAAGCGAGGGGCUUAACGCAGGAGAAGCUGUGCUGCCCGACGAAGGACGAUGGUUGGCUAGGCUGUUGUCCGAGCGGAGACGGAGUUCCCGAGGGUGGCGACGACAGCGAGGACGAUAAGAAGGAGCACAAGGCGGAGGUGGCGGUGGACCCACAGGCCCUCUGCAGCGCCAACCAGGGGUGCGCGACGCUUGAGGGCGCCUGCUGCCCAACCCAGCAGGGGGUAUACCUGGGCUGCUGCGGUUCCGUCCACGUCUCCGGGCGGAAGCACUUCAACUCCUCUGCGCCGUCGCCCACCCCGACCAAAACGUCGUCAUCCAAGCCAGCGGGAGGGGAGGUUAAGGUUGACGGGGGGAUGGACGACGACGACGACGACGACGACGACGAGGAGGGGCCUGGUGAUGAUCGGGACUGUGCAAAUCACCCCGGGUGCUCGGCCCUGCAGGGGGCCUGUUGUCCCUCACCGGAUGGCACCAUGUUGAGUUGUUGCAGCGAUCGCCUGUAGAACGUUGAUUGGGCAAGCAUUGUACAUGGGUCAUUGAGUGCGGGUACGGCGGAGGGUUGUUUGCUUGCGCAGGCCAAAGACAGCCGGUGUUGCUGUUGCUUCGGUCUAUUACGGUCCGGUGGGUGGUGAACGUAGGCGUUGUGUGUAACAUAGAUUUAGGGUAGGCAUUUGCGUAGUGGGAGGUCUCCCGCGGCGGCAGGAGGUCUGCGAUUCCGCUACCAAUCACCUGCUUCUGAGGGUUUGGAAGCAAUGAGAAAAAAAGGGUGACUGC